CACAGUCCAUACAUUAAGAGAUCCCAAAAUUACAGUUAGUUAUGCGUUUGGUGCUCUCUUAUACAUGUAACAGAACAGGAAGAACAUAAUUAUGAGGUUCUGAGAUAAUUUUCGUAUUGAUUAUUGUAUGCAUCACAAUUAACUAAGUCGGUCUCAAGAUGGCACCUGCGCCGCUGCCGGCGACCACCCCGCCCAUGAAGGCCACUUCGAAUGGAUCAUUUCAAGGUGAAAAUCCACUUGAUUACGCUCUUCCCUUACUCAUCCUCCAAAUCAUCUUGGUCGUGGUGUUCACCAGGUUUCUUGCAUAUCUUCUAAAACCUCUCCGGCAACCCCGAGUCAUAGCCGAAGUUAUAGGCGGAUGUCUGUUGGGCCCCUCCGCAUUCGGGAGGAGCAAGACCUUUCUACACACUAUUUUUCCGCCAAAAGGCAUGACGGUGCUAGACACGGUAGCCAACAUCGGGCUCUGCUUCUUCCUCUUCCUCGUCGGCCUUGAGCUCGACAUCAGCGCCAUCCGCCGCACAGGCAAGAAGUCCCUCGGCAUCGCCUUCUGCGGGAUCACCCUCCCCUUCGUCCUCGGCAUCGGCACCUCCGAAGCCCUACGCGCCACUGUCUCCAAAGGCGUGAAACAAGGCCCCUUCCUCGUCUUCAACGGCGUCGCCCUCUCCAUCACCGCCUUCCCCGUCCUUGCCCGCAUCCUCGCUGAGCUCAAGCUCCUCACCACCGACGUCGGCCGCAUCGCCAUGUCCGCCGCCGCCGUCAACGACGUCGCCGCCUGGAUCCUUCUCGCCCUCGCCAUCGCCCUCACCGGUAACAACACCUCCCCACUCGUCUCCGUCUGGGUCCUCCUCUGCGGUGCCGGCUUCGUCGGGUUCGCCGUCGUUGCCAUCCGCCCCAUACUGGUCAUGAUGGCGCGAAGGUCCCCGGAGGGUGAACCCGUGAAAGAGCUCUACAUCUGCAUCACUCUCUCGCUGGUUUUGGCCGCGGGGUUCGUGACAGACACAAUUGGGAUACACGCGCUGUUCGGCGCGUUCGUGGUAGGGAUCAUAAUGCCGAAGGAGGGUUCGUUCGCAGGUGUGUUGAUAGAGAAGAUUGAGGACCUGGUUUCGGGGCUUUUGUUGCCGCUUUAUUUUGUAUCCAGUGGGCUCAAGACUAAUUUUUUGACUAUAAGCGGGGGGGUGUCGUGGGGUAUGCUGGUGCUGGUGAUAUGUACAGCGUCAUUUGGGAAGAUCGUCGGGACUGUCACUGUGUCGAUGCUGUUCAAGGUGCCUUUCAAGGAGGCCUUGGCACUUGGCUUCCUUAUGAAUACAAAGGGCUUGGUGGAGCUCAUCGUCCUCAAUAUUGGCAAGGAUAGAAAGGUACUGAACGAACAGACUUUUGCCAUCUUUAUUUUGAUGGCGUUGUUCACCACCUUCAUCACCACACCACUAGUGAUGGCAGUGUACAAACCAGCAAGAAAGGGAGCCCCUUACAAACUACGCACCAUUUUCCGCAAAAGCCCGGACACAGAACUUCGAAUAUUGGCAUGCUUCCACACCACCCGCAACAUCCCCACCAUGAUCAACCUCAUCGAGUCGUCCCGCGGCACCCGCAAGCGCGGACGACUCACCGUCUACGCCAUGCACCUCAUGGAGCUCUCUGAGCGGUCCUCUGCGAUUUCCAUGGUCCACAAAGCCCGCUACAAUGGCCUCCCAUUUUGGAACAAGAAGAGUGAUGGAAAUGACCAAAUGGUUAUUGCUUUCGAGGCCUACGAGCAGCUCAGCAGCGUCAAGAUUCGGCCAGCCACCGCCAUCUCUUCUUUAAACGACAUGCACGAGGACAUAUGCGCCUGCGCACACCAAAAAACCGCGGCAAUGAUUUUGUUGCCAUUUCACAAGCAUCAGAAGCUGGACGGCACCAUGGAGUCGGUGGGACACUCAUUUCAAGUGGUGAACGAGCGUGUGCUCCGACAUGCGCCUUGUUCGGUUGGGAUUCUAGUUGAUAGAGGACUCGGUGGCACCACGCAGGUCUCAGCUAGCGACGUGUCAUAUACGGCGGUGAUAGCGUUCUUCGGAGGAAGAGAUGACCGGGAGGCACUGGCCUAUGGUAUGAGACUGGCUGAACAUCCUGGGAUUGCGUUGACUGUUUUUAGAUUUGUUGCUCCACAAGGGAAGACAUUGAGAUUUGGAGCGAAAUUAGUUGGGAUAACAGCUGACAACAAGAAAAUACUGAAAGAAGAAGACAGUAGCCAAGAGAAUGAAGAGGACGAGAAGUUCUUGGAGGAGUACAAGAAUGUAAGAAGUAGCAGUAAGGAAAAGGAAGAGUCCAUGUUUUACGAGGAGAAGGUGGUGGACAGCAAAGGGGAGAUCGCGGUGGCGUUAAAGACUCUGAGCAAGCACAACUUGUUUAUAGUAGGGAGAAUGUCGCCGACUGUCCCGUUGGUAGAGUCGAGUGACUGUGCGGAGCUUGGGCCAAUCGGAAGCUUCUUAGCCUCGUCAGACUUCUCUUCCACAGCUUCAGUUGUGGUGAUUCAACAGUAUGAUGCUACGGCGUCGCGACCGCUUGUGGUGGAGGAAGCUGACUAUGAGUUGCCAGAGUCGUCGUCUAUGGUUUAAGUAUGAGAGAUUAUACAGUAUAUUUGCAAACACAUGCAUGCAUAUAGAUAUUUAAUGAAAUUAGGUCAGGAGUAAGAGCUUUAGCAUUUUCGAACUUUGAUGUAAUGAGCUAGGAGAUCAUCCAUAGGGUCAUAAAGCACUGUAGUCAAAUUAUACUUGUAUUUCUCAUCCAAAUUUGUAUUUGUAGUACGCAGAGUGCCGCGCCAAUAACAAUUGCUUAGGUAUCAGUUCA